AUGGAUUCCCUAGAUGCGCCAUGUUUUAUCAAUUUGCUCCCCACCGAACUGCUCUACCGUAUCUUCACAACGAUCGAUGAGCCUAAAACCCUUUGUCGAGCGGAACGGACAUGCCAUCGCUGGCAGUCAAUUAUCAACAGUCAAGCCCUUUGGCGAAAUCUUGCAACAAAGAUUUCAAGCGCAAGGAUUCUCCCAGAGCGAUUCAAUGAGCUAGGAAAAGGUAGCUUGAUUGCGGGCAGAUACGUCGUUGACGAAGAAGGCGGUCACUGGCAUUACAUGUACAGAGACCUCGUUCGAAACAUACACUGUCUCAACCGCAUUCCUAAUUCCAGUCAUGACCGUUCACCCCUAACAAAAGAUGAAAAGAAUUUGGAAAAUAAGGAUGGUCUAGAAAUACUCCAAGUUGUCUCGUCGAUGUCUGACCUCUCGGAGUUACCUAAAGACUACGGUGGGAGUAAGGAUGCCUAUGUCACUCGCAAGAUCGAUUUAACAUCAUCCGCCAUCGAAGGAAUGAGGCUCCAACCUAGGCCGUUGGUAAUAUCUAAAACACCUCCGUUCACAGACUCUCUUUGUCCUGGCGAGACUUCAUUCGAUGAGACGGCAUGGGUUUACUAUGCAGACCAACUUGCAUUAUGGCCUCGGCCCCACCGUGAAAUCAUUUUCGAGACACGGACGGCAGACAAAUGCCACACCACUAUCCAGAAAGGUGUACUCAGAUCAGGUGUAAACGGUAUUUUUGGCGAAGGAAAGUGGUCUUGGAUUGACCCAGAGAAGACCGAGAGCCAAUGUGAUCAGCCAACAGCUCUGGAUCCGGUGGCAGAAGACGCGAAAGGUGGAUUAUCUUCGAGUGAACAAAAGAAGCCUUGGAAGGUAUUUACUACGAAGUCGAAAUCAACUUCUUCCUCGAUUGCACCCUCAUCAACAAUCAGCGCUACAGCUAACAACCGGAAUCCUCAGGACGGGACAAAUUCAGAUGAAACCGCGACAGCUAUUGCGAAGGAGAUCGCAGGUUUAUCCACCACAGAAAUAGCCCCGAUUCUCAAACAGGGAUCCCCGACUAAACCUCUAUACCCUGAAGGUCUUCUAAAAUGGGCUGCAUCCAUCGAUUCGCCCAAUACUUUGCCCCACGCACGGCGCUGGGACCCGAAUCACACAGUUUUUAGCUCGUACCGAAAUAAAUUUAAUCUGACACGCGAAAGCAACCCAGAAUGUGCAACCCCUCAAGCAGUCGAGAGCGUAAUAAACACUUUAUUCGGCGAGGCAUCAAGUCAAGCCCACUCAGAUCCUAAUCUCAGGAUAAAUUACCGACGUAUUGGGUCUGGUUUUCCAGACAUGGUUGCUAUAAAGGUAGAUCGACUCGCCCUACCACCGUCCCUAUCUGUUCAGAAAGACCCGACCCACCCUGCAGAGCCUAUUCCUACGGUCAACCAAAGCUGGAAUCUUUUUGGUGGUGCCAAGUGGAGUUUGAACUCUGUGUCCUUUCUUAAUGAAAUCGAGGCUUUAGAGAUGGAACAAAAAGAUGGCACAACAAGUUCGCCCUCCGAACCUUGGUGGUUUCAUGAAACCCGCUAUCAGACAGGAGAACAAGAACCCCCUCACGUAUGGGAGACUUCUCAUAAAUGGGAGUACCGCAGUUGCGGCGACUAUCUCAUCAUUUCCGACGAUAUCGGAAUGUCUGGUCCAUGCACUAUCAGUUGCUUCAAAACUGGUUAUCACAACGAGAAAUCCACAGCUAAUCCCACAACGUACCUUCGUGGUGCUGCUCUCCGAAACUACCUCGCUGCUGGCCCAUCCUCAGACCUAAUCUGGCAGAAAUCUUUGAAAAGUGGAGGCUUCAUUCUAGACCUAGCGAGUGCAGCUCCAGUACAUUCACUUGAACACCCUGACCUCGACCGGGGUCGUCCAUCUUACUUCCUGGAUAACGAUGGACUUACCCUAAACUCAAAGGUUGUCGUUUACGCAACCCGCAAAAAAGUCUUCUACACCCUCAGCUAUGAUAAUACAAUCAUGUUGGAAGGUUCCGGACAAUCGCUCACUUGCAUGGAGUUCCAUGUCAUCGCUAUAGAAACCGGCCACACCAUAAAUAUUCUCGACUUAGAACACGAAACCCGUACCCUCGAACUUUAUGGUGCAUCUUGGUACGGGUGGGCCAGUUUUGUAAUGAGCGAUACACACCUAAUUGCAACUGUCGGUGGUCACAUCCAUGAAGAUCAAGGCGCCGAACAAAUGGAAAAUUCCAUUGCUCCAACAUGGACUCGUGACGAUAGAUAUGGUCGAGAGGAAGUAUUUAUUUGGCCUUUGGACACCCCAAGUCAGAACAUGUCUCUAGCACCGGAGGAAAGAAAGAUUUUCCCAACAGGAAGGCUGGCAGUCGGCUUUAACAAGCAUAAAUGGUGGCAUAGGGAUCGUUACUUGAGUCUAAGCAGAGAUGGGAGAUUUUUGGCUGUUUCAUCGAAAUACACGCUGGUAGUAUGGGACCUUUGGCUAGGCGAUCAGGACGGUGUCGUUCACUACUUCGAACAAUACAUGAACGGACUACAAGGAUAUGAAAUGUCAAAAGCUGGUGAUGUAGCAUGGAAUGGUAUAUGGUUACAAUACCGCGAUAUAGUUGUUGACCCAAGCCGCAAGACCUUCACAAACUCAAACCCAAACUAUGAGCACGAACUCUUAAGAAAAGUUAUAUUCAUCCCAAACAACGAAAUCCGUCUACUACUUCGAAGCAGUGCCUCCGAAUUCACAAAUACCGAGGAAGGGAAACAAGCACUCAAGGAACUGGACCUUAAACUAACCCGACGGUAUCUACCAAGUAGCGACUCCGACAGUGAUGAGACUAGCGAUAGUUGGACUACAGACGACGACGAUGAUGGGGAUUAUGAAAGUGACAGUGACGAUGACUACGAUUCUGAUGGCGGGGGCUUUCGGAGUCAGAUGUACAUGGAUGACGGUGAUUGGGACGGUGAAGGGGAUUAUGAUCCGGAUUAUGGAAGUGAUGACGAUGACGACGACGAUAAUAAUGAUGAUGAUUCUGGCGACGGUAUACAGGGGUCCGGAUAUACCGUUCAGCACGUGAACCCACCAAGUGAAAGUCGAGACCAGCCUCCGAAAGUUAAGAAGCGAAAGUUGGAAGCGACUGAAACCGAGGCCGGAGAAUCAAGUGCCGCGGGUAGGAGUCAGGCUCCCGUCCCUGUCGUCGGGUGGGGUGAUGCAGAGAAGGGUGGCGAUGGAAAGGGGGACGGUUGGGGUACUGAUAGUUCUGGAGGACUCGAUGUAUCUUGGUAA